CAGCAGAAGACAGCAGACAGUCCAAGCGGGAGCACACCAGAGGCCCAAGAGCAACUGGAACUGCAAGACUGGGAGACAAGAUGACGAGAUCGACCUACAUUUGGGCGCUAGCCGCCUGCCUCAUCGCCUGUGCGAGCGCCAAUUACGGCGCUUCCCAGGGCUAUGGACCCGGAUCCGGUGGCCAUAGCGGUGGCUCCGAUGGCGGUGCCGAUGCCGCCUCGGCGGCCGCAGCUGCUGCCGGUGGUGCCGGCGGAGCUGGUGGCGAGUACAGUGGUGCUGGCGCCAGUGCCGGUGCUCUGGAAUCCGGAGCCGAUGCCGCCGGUGUGGCCCAGGCUGGCCAGAGCAGCUACGGCUCCGAUCAGAACAUCCCGUACAAGGCGGUGAACACCAAGGGCAACACCCUCACCUCGUCGAUCACCUAUCCGCAGAACAAGGGCGAGAUCCUGAUCCAUCGCCCCGCGCCCAUCAUUGUCAAGCGUCCGCCCACCAAGGUGCUGGUCAACCAUCCCCCACUGGUGGUGAAGCCCGCGCCCGUGGUGCUGCACAAGCCUCCAGCAAUCGUGCUGCGCAAGGUCUACGUCAAGCACCACCCACGUCGCGUCAAGGUUGAGCCCGUGUUCGUCAAUGUGGUGAAGCCGCCAGCAGAGAAGUACUUUGUGAACGAGAACAAGCAGGGCUACGGACAGGGAUCGCAGUCCCAUGGACAUGGCGGACACGCUGGACACGGUGGACACGGACACGGUGCCGGUCCCCACGGUGGUGCCCAUGACGGUGGUCGUGCCCUGCCCGCCUACGCUUCGGGAGCUGACUCCGCCGCCGCCAGUGCUGGCUACCAGCUGCUCCAGAGCGGCAACCAGGGUCUCUCCGCCCUGGCCAACAUCGCCGGCGAGGGUCAAUAUGCACCCGCCGCACCCAGCCAUGGACAUCAGCACUAUAGCGCCGGUCCAGCCGGACAUGGUGGCUAUGCUCCUUCCUCUUAUUAAAGAAGAAAAGAAAAGGAUUGAGUGACUGCAGCGGCUACGGAAUCUCCUGAAGCGGUUGUCCAGUCACUUGGUUAUCCGGCUGAUUAGUUACUAUGUUUUAGAAACAAACAAAAAAAAAAAACAAAAAACACUGCCUGAUCGCCCAAUGCCCAUGCCUACGCCCACGCCCACGCCCACCCAUGCACACAAAUCCGCAUCCAAAUCCACCCACCCAUUCAAUGGCCAAGGGGGCGUGGCACUCAGGUUUCUUUGCAAGCAAAUAAAAUAUUUGAAAAAAAAAAAA